AUGGCUAGUGAACACAAGGUCACACAAAGGAAGUUGACCCUAGUCGGGGAUUCCUGUUGCGGCAAGACUUCUUUACUACGGGCUGCGCUAUACGGUAAUUCUCCGGAAAAGGUUCAAUGCACCUUUGAUCUCAGGCACAAUGUGCCUUUCGAACACUGUCCCGGUAUUUACGAGUGCAAUGUGUCAAAUGAAAAAGGGCAUAGUAUUAAGAUACGGCUCGCCUUGUGGGACACAGCAGGGGUAUAUGACUUUGGCCGUGGAUAUCUGAAGCCGCCCAUUUCUGCCCUGGCAUCCCGAUCAUCCUAG